AUGGUGAAUUUAAUGGGGGAUCAGAGUCAGUUCAGCCCUCCAACAAUAAUGAAUCCACUUGCAGCUGAGUUUGUACCUGGCCAACCAUGGGUUCCAAAUGGCUAUCCAGUUGCUCCAAAUGGUUACAUGGCUCCAAAUGAUAUCACCUUCUCCCCAAAUGGAUAUCCUAUAUCUCCAAAUGACAUAGAAACAUUACCAAAUGGCUUUCCAGUAUCCAUGAAUGAUGAAAACCAAAAUGAAGUUGAAGCAGAGGGGAGUAUAGAGGACUCCUCCAGCAACUUGACAGUCAUUGCUUCACCAACAUUGCAAAAUGUACAGGAAGAACCCGGAGUUAGUGAAGUAACCCAUUCUGAUCAAUCAGGAGGCAAUGAAAAAUCACAUUGUGGACCUGAAGAAACACCUACGGAUAAAGUUGCAGAAGAUAAAUGUAAUGACAUUGCUGUCAAGGAAGAGACAACAAAGCAUCGGGGAGAUUACAGUGAUGGUGAAACUGAGAUUGUUCAGGCUACAAGUUGA